UUGUGGUUUUCCUCCAGCCCGCAGGACCCAGCCGUGCAAGCCUAGCCUGGGCAUCUGGGACUUCAUCCACGCAGGCAUGGAGGAGACAGUGGUGCGGCCCUCCGUGUUCGUGGUGGACGGACAGACGGACAUCCCGUUCAGGAAGCUGGAGCGCAAGCCCCGGAGACAGGCCUGCAGUGCUGCCAGGCUGAGUCUGGUCCUCCUGCUGCUGCUGCUCGUGGCCGGGCUGGCCCUACAGGGCUGGUUUCUGCUGCACCUGCACUGGCGCCUGGGACAAAUAGUCACCUCGUUGCCGGAGAGAGAAGCAGGAUCCUGGGAGCAGCUGACGCCAGAGCCAAGGUCCCACAAGGCGAACCCGGCAGCACAUCUGACAGGGGCCAACUUCAGCUUGACCAGCAGCGGGGGCCCGCUGCUAUGGGAGUCGAAGCUGGGCCUGGCCUUCUUGAGGAACCUCCGCUACCAAGAGGGCGCCCUGGUGAUUGUCCAAGCCGGCUACUAUUACAUCUACUCCAAGGUGCAGCUAGGGGGUGUGGGCUGCCCGCAGGGGCUGGCCAGAGGCCUGCCCAUCACCCACGGCCUCUACAAGCGCACGCCUCGCUAUCCCGAGGAGCUGGAGCUGCUGGUCAGCAGGCAGUCACCCUGUGAGAAAGGGACCGGCUCCCGCAUCUGGUGGGACAGCAGCUUCCUGGGCGGCGUGGUGCACCUGGACGCGGGGGAGGAGGUGGUCGUCCGGGUGCUGGAGGAGCGCCUGAUCCGGCUUCGGGAUGGUACUCGGUCCUACUUCGGGGCCUUCAUGGUGUGAAGAACGGAGCAGUGGCCCAUUGACAGGGGGUCUGACCGGAGAGGUGCCUCAGGAGACAGACAAUCCAGCAAGUGGGGACCUUGGAGGGCAUCCCAGGGACCCCAGAACUCAGCACUUGGGGAGUCAACAGGCACCACAAGGGGCCAAAAACCCAGCCACCCCUAGAGGUUGGAGACAUUGCCUGAUAACCACGUGUGACACAACACAAGCUAUCAACACAAUCCCAGACACCCACACAGGCCGUACAGCCACACACAUGAUCAUCACAUCAGACUUCCACAUGCCACGUCACAGUCAGACUCAUCACAC